AUGUCUACGGCUACCACCCCCGCCAAAGGGUCGGAUCCGAAGCCGAAGGAGGCUGCAUCCCGCUCAUGCCCUGCGUCAUGCGGGUCUGCCAUCUCAGGCAGGGACCCUCACCCAAUGUGCAUAACCUGCAUGGGCGCUAAACACGCUCAGGCAGCGCUCGCUGACCGUGAGUCCUGCGGGUAUUGCUCAUCUAUGCCUGAGAAAAUAUUGGAGAGGAGGCUCAGAGUUGCGGUGGCUCAUCCCCAGGACCCGUUGCUGGCGGGGACCACCGAUAAACCCACAGCCGACACUCAACAGCCCCGUAAGAGUGAACUAUGGUCAGAUAUGCUGAAUGACGAUGACGCUGAUAUGCCGCCAUUAUUCGAGGACCUGCUCGAAGUGGACCCAGGCGACGAGGGCGCAGACGGCGAUGAUGCCGCUUCUGACUUCCUCGAGGCUGUGGAUAUGGAUGAUGUGGAGGAGGACUCUACAUUCCCAGCGGCCCAGUCCCGACCCUCCAGCGCAUCUGAGGCUGCGACUCCCGUCGAUAGCAGCCUAUAUGAUGUGUGCAAGCGCGCUGCCGCCAAGCUUAACAUAACCUGGCCAGCCGCUGUAGAUGCGGAGGAUGGGGAAAGGGAUUUAUAUGACGGUAAACGGCUCCCGCCAGCGCAUCCACCUCCGAAGCAACUUCUCCCUGCUGUCAGCGCGUGCAUGAGAGAGGUGGGGAGGUUUUGGAAUAACCCACUUAGGAGCAAGCUUCCUGUACAGGGCUAUUCAAAGCUGGAGAUCCAUGGGAUGAGGGAGCUGGGGUUGGCCGAACCCCCAGCGGUGGAGCCUUCAGUGGCUUUUCACCUCCAUCCUAAUCGCCGUUCCGUCUCAGCCUCAAGUCAGGUUUCCCUGCCCACAAAAUCAGAGAGAGUUACAUCCUCCAUUCUGCAACGCAUGUACAGAUAUGCUUCUCAAUCUGCAUGCGUACUGAAUACUGUGACUUUACUGUCCGGUUAUCAAGGGGAACUACUUGAGGAAAUGGGACAACAGCUGGACUCCGGGUCUCCUAACCCGGUCCUCUGGGAGGAAAUCUGCGUGGUAAAUGACCUCAUCCUACGCUCUACUCGUGGAGCUGUCCAGGGCUGCGGCCAUGUCAUGGGACUGGCCGUAGCGGGUGAGAGGGGUCUAUGGCUCAACCACUCAGGUCUGACAGACACUCAGAAGGCUGAAGUUAUGGACAGUACUUAUGACCCUACCAAAGGUCUAUUUGGUCCGGCCCUGGAGAAGAUGAAGGAGACCAGUACCCUCCGUAAAGAGGAGGGUGCGGCCUUUAAUCUUUGUCUGCCAAGGAAACAACCUCCUCGUCCAGCGCAGCCCCAGAGAGCGGGCCCCUCUGGACAGACAGGCCCCAGGGUUCCCAGGGCGGGCCCUGGGCCGCAGAGGGGGGCAACCCAGCACCCUGGCCAGCAUUCCAACCAGCAUUCUGGCCAGCAGCAACGGCCAGGCAACUCCAGACCAUGGGGAAAACACUCCUAUGCUGCGGCUGCAGCAAAAAACCGCUCUUCUCAGCCCGGGGAGAGCAAAAAGAAGCGCAAUUCCUAG